GGGGGCAACAACAAAGCGUGCUUUGUGCUUCGACUAUCUAGAGAGAGAAAAUCCAAAUCAAUUCUAGAGAGAAAAAUACUUUCUUACCAAUUUUAGGUCGAUUAGUGUAAAAAUUUCUGAGAGAGAGCACACACAUAACUGGCAUUGUUGCUCGCCUUGUUUCAUACAAAGACUCGCUGUUUUGCUUCGCUGGUUCUUUGUACAACUCGUCGCUCGUUCAGGGAUUCAAUUUCGAGGUCUAUUUAAGUUCAAUUUCGGAAGUAUAUAUAUAUAUAUAUAUAUAAAGCUCUUGAUCUGGUUGGUGCUUUGUAUAUUUGGCUUGUUUGUUUCUCGAGAAAUUAUCAAAAGCAAAAAGAAAGUUUAGCAUGGAGUGGCCUGCGUAUUUGGACGAGUAUGAAAAGCUCGUGACAAGGAUGAACACUCCGAGAGUCAUGAUCGACAAUGCUUGUUCUGCCAACGCAACUUUGGUCAUGGUUGAUAGUGUGAGAAAACACGGAAUUCUUCUAGAAGCGGUUCAAGUUCUCACGGAUCUAAACCUUUCGAUUAAGAAAGCGUACAUAUCUUCCGAUGGAAGGUGGUUCAUGGACGUAUUUCACGUGACUGAUCUGAAGGGAAACAAGUUAGCGGACGAGAGCGUUAUUAAUUACAUUGAAAAGUCACUUGGUACAAUUCAUUAUGCGACAUCAAAAUGCAUCGAUGGCUUGACAGCUCUGGAACUAACCGGAACAGACAGGCUCGGCCUAUUGUCCGAGGUGUUUGCAGUGCUAUCUGAUCUGCAAUGCAACGUGGUUGAAUCGAAAAUGUGGACCCAUAAUGGAAGAAUUGCUUCACUCAUUUAUGUAAAGGAUUGUGAUUCAGGUUCCCCCAUUGAAGAUUCCCAAAAGAUCAAUAGAAUUGAAGGACGGUUGAGAAAUGUGCUUAAAGGGGAUAAUGAUAUCCGGAGUGCCAAGACAACAGUAUCCAUGGCCGUUACACAUACAGAGCGAAGACUUCAUCAAAUGAUGUUUGCAGAUCGUGAUUAUGAGCGUAAGCCCAUUAUAAGGACCAGUGGCGAUCGCCCUCUUGUUGUGGUUCAGAACUGCUUGGAGCGGUGUUACUCUAUUGUGAACAUUCAGUGCAAGGACCGAACGAAGCUUCUGUUUGAUGUCGUAUGCACGUUGACAGAUAUGGAAUAUGUUGUCUUCCAUGCCACCAUCAACACAACAGGGGACACAGCAUAUUUGGAGUUCUUCAUUAGGCACACAGAUGAUACCCCAAUUAGUUCAGAAGCUGAAAAGCAACGGGUGAUUCUAUGCUUACAAGCUGCAAUAGAAAGGAGAGCAUCCGAGGGUGUGAGGUUAGAGCUAUGCACAGCCGAUAGGAGCGGGCUCUUGGCGGAUGUAACCAGAACCUUCCGCGAAAAUGGUCUAAACAUUACAAGGGCGGAGAUAUCGACUACAAGUGAGACGGCUUUAAAUGUUUUUUACGUGACGGAUGCGAGUGGGUACCCUGCAGACCCAAAGAUCAUCGAAUCAGUGAGACAAAAAAUUGGAAUGAGUAUCUUGAAAGUGAAUGAAUUGCCAUUGAUACAUCAUCAAAAGGCAGAAAGUGAUGAGGAAACAGUAGGGGUUGGUGGGGCUGUGUUGUUAUCACUUGGGAGCCUAGUGAGAAGGAAUCUAUACAAUUUGGGAUUGAUCAGAUCAUACUCUUGAAGAAAGAAGACCACUGUAUUGGCAAUUGGUUUUGGGGGGAUUCUCCAAAAGGGUAUAUACCUUGCUUCGGAGUUAGGGCAUGUAUGCAUAAGAUAUAAUUAAGGAGAGGAGGUGGGUUUGGUGAUAGUUUGUUAUUAUGGGGGGCCACUUCCACCAUUUCAAAUUGUGUAAUGAGGUAAAACAAGGGGGGAAAAGAAAGCUGGAAUUGUGUUUCUGUAAAUAAAAAAAAUAAAAAUAAUUGCAAAAAUAUGGAGGUACAAGUAUGCUUGACACUCCCCUAUGAUUUUGCAAUUAUUUUCAUUUUUUUGUUCAUUGAAAUUCAAUUCUCCCAAUAGUAAAUAGAUGGUGGUGGUGAGUUGUGAUUAGGGUUUGGUUUGUUGCUGACUGUCUGGUGGCAGGUUGAAGAAAAUAGUAGAGGUAGAGAGGGAAAAGAAAUUGGCUUUACACAACACAUAUGUACAUAACGAUGUUUUCUUUAAGUAUUUAGUUAUGGUUGACGUGAUUUUUUUAA